AUGGACAACGUUAAAAUGAUAUCGCAAAUCGACCGGAAAGUCACUGUAACUGAGAAUAUCUACAGUACAACAAAACUGGCUCAAGAAUUGGCUUUGGCAAAGACUUUGAAGGUAUACCUAUUUAGUUCUGGAAUUCCUCUUUCUUUUCAAAACAUCAGAAAACAUUUCUUUCACCGUAGUACUGGCUUAUUGUUUAGCUGACAAGAACAAUAUUCAACCUGCCCCACGUAGAAUAUAAAAAAAUUUUGUUCGCGCUUUUGAGUUUUAAAAUUUAAAUAUGUGUUUUCCGUAAAUUUGGCGCACUUGGCAUUGUGUUUCAAGGGAUUUUUUUCUACUUUUCAGAGAAGCUACUUACAACUUUAAAAUCUGGAUUCAUUUAAAGGUUUUCUACUAGUAUAAUAUAUCAAAAAAUUAUUAAAAUUUAACAAAGUUAUGAGCUUGAAACAGAAUGCCAAAGUUAUAUAUAACAGCCAUUUUACCUUCAAAUUUUAGGUAAUUUUACUGCCGUUUCAUAGAAUAUUAAUGUCGAAUUUUUAGGACGAUGACAGCCCAUUUAUGGUGCUCAAUCUGACAGAAGUUUUGAAUCGUUACACAGAAUGGACAAAGAGGUUAGCCCGAGUUGAAGUAAGGCUUUUUGAUAUAACAUUUGUAAAAAAAUAUUAAUUUAUACACAUAUUUUUGCGACUUUGUAAACUAUAAAUUUCUGUAUUUUAGCCAUACUACGCUGUAAAAUGCAACAACGACCCAGUAUUACUAUGGUUUUUGUCCAAGCUAGGCUGUGGAUUUGAUUGUGCCAGUAAAGCUGAAAUGGAAAUGGUAAGCGUGAUGUUAUAGUAAUGUAGAUUUACAUAUAACCCCCAAAAACAACUUACAUGUAAAAUACGCACAAUUCAAGAUGUCUCUCGAAACAUAUUGUCUCUAAUCAAAAAAAUUAAAUUUAAAAAUUUUGGUUACACUUUUGACUAAAACUAAAUGUUUUAGAUUUUAAACAACAAGUUGGCAGACCCGAAACAUGUGAUCUACGCCAAUCCAUGCAAAACUAGGUCCUAUGUUCAGCAUGCGAACGAUGUUGGUGUUAAGAAGAUGACUUUUGACAAUAAAGAAGAGUUGUACAAGAUAAAGAGUUUGCAUGCUAGUCCACAGUAAGUUGUUAUCAAUUUAUACCUAAUUUAAAAAAAUAUCGUUUUUUACUUGCUGAAAGUAGACAGUUAAAGGGACCGGGCCAUGUCAAUCGUUUUUUAGGUCUAGCUGACUGAGACUAUUAUAUUAUAAUAAGGUUUUUGAUAUCCUUGCUUAAAGCAUAUUAAAAUUCAAAAUCUCUCUUAAUCCAUGAGUUAUAGACUAUUGUUACGAAUUGGAGUAUCCGACUCUACUGCGGUAUGUCAAUUGAGUGUAAAGUUUGGUUGUGAUCCUGAAGUCGGUCCAGAAUUAUUAAAGUUGGCCAAGGAAAUGGAUAUUGAAGUUUUUGGAAUCGCGUAAGAAUCACGUUUUUAACGUUGUUAACAUAGCCAAGGUCCAAAAAAGGAUAACAAAAGAGUUGGGAGGCGAUGUAGUUUAAGAGGAAAUAUAGUUCAGGAGUAGGUAUAGAUGAUUGUCCUUGAGCUAACAACAAUCUUUAAACUAUUGUUCUAGGUUCCACGUUGGGAGUGGCUGUAGGGAUCCAGUGUCAUUUAGAAGAGCUCUGAAGGCGGCCAAAGACCUGUUCGAUGUUGGAAACAGCUAUGGACAUACGAUGAAUCUGUUGGACAUUGGGGGUGGAUUUCCUGGCUAUGACAGUGAAGAAAUCACAUUUAAACAGGUAUUUCACUCAGUAAAUUAGUGGAAUCGUUUUGAAUGUUUUGAAUUUAAAUAUUUAAUUCGUAUGAGCUGUAUCAUAAACUACACUAUAGUAGCAUGAAUAAUUAUUUUAUGAACAGAAUUUUAAAAUAAUCUUAUCUAUAAUAAUACUAGUAAAAAUUUAAUGUGCUCUACCUUAUAUUAUAGUAAUAUCAACCAUAAUUUAAGAUAGCCGACGUGAUCAACCCCUCCCUAGACAUCUACUUCCCUCCAUCAUCUCAUGUUCGUAUCAUAGCCGAACCAGGACGGUUCUUCGCCACUCAUCCCGUCUCUCUCGUGGCUAACAUAAUAUCAGCGGUGGAAGUCCCAAUCGAGAAGAUAACUUCUCAAAAAGGUGCUGACAAGUCUGGUAUGGCCUAUUAUAUAAACGAUGGUGUAUAUGGGUCGUUUAAUUGUAUCUUAUUCGACCAUUACCAUCCGAAAGGAGGGAGUUUGUUCGAGAUGGAGACGGAAAAGACAAAGUGUAAUGUGUGGGGCCCUACUUGUGACGGACUGGACUUGGUUGAGGUAGGUAAAUGGCUAAAACUAGAGGUUGAAAGAGGCAAAAUUAUUUAAAAUACGGUUUUUUAAUGAAAAAUACGAUAAGUUCAUUGUUGAAUUCACUGUUUUGAGUUAGUUAGGUUCAAAAAUCUAUGUUUUUAGUUCUAUCCUAUCAAAAAUUUUUUAAUAAAUCGUUUUAGACAAAUGUAGAGCUGUCUAAAAUGACUGUAGGGGACUGGAUUCUUUAUCCGAAUAUGGGAGCUUAUACUAAUGUAGCUUCAAGCCGAUUCAAUGGCUUUGAACCGCCAAAGGUGUACCAUUUUGUGGACAAAAACACGUGGCAAGUCUUGUUUUCUUAUUUAAAAGUAGUGUAGUUUAUAAUUUCCUUAUGCUACAGUGUCAUCAAUGGUUAGAAACAAAGUUAAUAGUAAAAUACGUACUGACUAAUAUUUUUAUUUUAAGGAAUUUGCUAGACCACAAAGCUCGGUUCGGUGCUUAA